CUCGUUUGUUGCUCUGUUCAGCUCUUACAGAACAGGGAGAGAAUGUAAUCAAAAUGGUCGCCUAAGACUGCCCUGAGCCAUGAGUGCUGGAGGGGGAGGAGGAAAAGCCAUAUGACAUGUUUAGCCUAAUACCUAUGUUUAUUCACACACAAAAGCCCGGUAGUUUUUAGGGGAGAAUAUACAUGUUUUUAAGAGUAUUUUCCUGGUGAAUGGCAGCAACAGCCCUCCCUGCAUUGCAGCAGUGUAUCAGAGCAGAGAGAGUGGAGCAGGGAAAGCCUGUGUGGCACACACAGCGGCAGCCGCCCAAUCACGCGCCUCCGUGUGGCUCUCAAACAAAUCGGCAGCACACAGCUGAGGUUAAAGAUUGACAAUCGCUCUGAGAGCAGCGGGGAGAGCAAGGCCUUUCUGGAAAUUUCUGCACCCAUCUUUUUCUCAUCCCUCACUGCCUUUAUAUCUGAAAGUAUACAUUUAAAAGGCCCAGCCUGAAGAAUCUGUGUACUGUGCCAGUAAAGAAAAAGUUUGGCUGAGGGAGAAGUGAAGGUGAAGUCAGAUGCAAUUGAGGGGAUGGAAAUCGCAACACGAUCCAAGGUCUCUGAUCAAGGAUCAGUGGAAAGGACUACCGCAAAGCGCAAGGUUUCCAGCCCCCCUCACUCCUCUAAUGGACACUCCCCUUCUGAAUUCAACUCUGGCCCUGUCAAAAAGAAGAAGAAACCUGGAGCUGUCAAUAACAGCAAAGACCAGUCAGAACUAAGACAUGGUCCCUUUUACUAUGUGAAGCAGCCCGCACUCACCACAGAUCCUGUUGAUGUUGUACCGCAGGACGGGCGGAAUGACUUCUACUGCUGGGUGUGUCACCGCGAGGGCCAGGUGCUCUGCUGUGAGCUCUGCCCGCGUGUCUACCAUGCUAAGUGCCUCAAACUGGCUUCAGAGCCCGAAGGAGACUGGUUCUGCCCUGAAUGUGAGAAAAUAACAGUUGCAGAGUGCAUAGAGACUCAAAGUAAAGCAAUGACUAUGCUCACAUUAGAACAGCUGUCGUUCCUGCUAAAGUUUGCUCUCCAGAAGAUGAAGCAGCCAGGUACGGAGCCCUUUCAGAAACCGGUUUCAUUAGAACAGCAUCCAGAUUAUGCGGAGUAUAUAUUUCAUCCCAUGGACCUCUGCACUUUAGAAAAGAAUAUUAAAAAGAAAAUGUAUGGCUCCACAGAGGCUUUUCUGGCUGACGUGAAGUGGAUUUUGCACAACUGCAUCAUUUACAAUGGAGGCAACCAUAAACUUACAGCAACGGCUAAAGUGAUCGUAAAAAUCUGUGAACAUGAAAUGAAUGAGAUUGAAGUCUGUCCAGAGUGCUAUCUUUCUUCAUGCCAGAAAAGGGACAACUGGUUUUGUGAACCAUGUAGCAACCCUCACCCUCUUGUAUGGGCCAAGCUGAAAGGAUUCCCAUUCUGGCCUGCCAAAGCUCUUCGAGACAAAGAUGGACAAGUAGAUGCUCGAUUCUUUGGGCAGCAUGAUAGGGCCUGGGUUCCUAUUAACAACUGCUACCUCAUGUCCAAAGAGAUACCCUUCUCUGUUAAAAAGACUAAGAGCAUCUUCAACAGUGCCAUGCAGGAGAUGGAAGUGUAUGUCGAAAACAUCCGCAAAAAAUUUGGAGUAUUCAAUUAUGCUCCAUUCCGCACUCCUUAUACACCAGACAAUCAGUUCCAGAUGCUCCUGGACCCAGAAAACCCUGGCUCUGGCUUUGUUAAACCUGAAAAACAAGAAAAGAUCAAGUUCUACUUUGAUAUAACGGCAUCUCCUAAAUUGCCCGUGGGCAAAAGCAUGGUGUCCAGUGGGAGUGGAGGGGGUGGGACCGGAAGGCGAAUCUCAUUAACGGACAUGCCUCGUUCACCAAUGAGCACUAACUCCUCUGCACAUACGGAAUCUGAUGGCGAACAAGAGACUCCAGAAAAAAGCCAUGCAAGAGCAUCCCUGCCCCACUAUAGCACUGGAGAGGAGUCUUUGGACUGCACUGCAUCGCCUGCCCCUCCUAGAGCAGGUCUUACCGGCAACAACUUAGAGAGCCCUAAACCAUUCCACUCACAAUCUCCCAGCACCCCUGUUAAACAGGAGAAGACAACCACCACCACUGGCAGUAUCCUCAACCUCAACCUUGAUCGUAGUAAGGCAGAGAUGGACCUGAAGGAGCUAAGUGAAAGUGUCCAGCAACAACAACAGCAACAGCAGCAGGGGGCUCAACCCUCCCUCACCUCCCCUAAGAGACAGAUAAGGAGCCGUUUCCAACUUAACCUGGAUAAAACCAUAGAGAGCUGCAAAGCACAGUUGGGUAUAGAUGAAAUAUCUGAGGAUGUGUAUAAAGGUGUAGAGCACAGUGACACUGAGGAAUCCGACAAGUCUGACUCCAGCGACAGUGAAUACGGAAGUGACGAUGAACAGAAAUCCAAGACAGGCCAAGAAGACAAAAACGCAGCUCAAAAUAAAAACACUAAGGUGCCACUCAAGAAAAAGACAAAGCCAGCAGUGACUUCUAGUGAGGACAAAGAUAAAAGCACCGAAUCGGCAACUGUCAACAAGUCAACUAAAGUAGAAACCACCCAGAAAUCAAGCCCCACAGAAUCAAUAGCUAAAGGAAAACCAGGCAUGGACUCAGAGAAAGAACCUCCAGAGAAAAUAAAAGCAACUCCUGUAUCCCCGGACACUAUAGAGAAACCCAAGAGUUCAGAGGAGGCCAGGCAGCCAUCACCUGUGGAUGUAGACAUGGACUCAGACUCUGAGAGGGAGCUGGUUAUUGACCUUGGGGAAGAGCAGGCAGGGAAAGAGAGGAAGAGGAACAGGAAAGAUUCAGCCACUGUCAACGCACUCAAAGAUCCCACAGCCUCCAAACCUGAGGGUAAAACCACUCCAAUUUCAAGUGCUCUCACCCAGCCUCAGAACUCAGCAGUCCUCUCCUCCAGUCCAAGUAUCAAAGACCCAUCUCAGUCUCCCAUGGCCAUCCCACUUAACAUAAUACCCCUCACGGCAGCUCCAACCAGCACCACUCUGACCUCAACUACCAUUCCCCCCACCACCCACACCUCCUCACCUGUCCCCACCAGCAUUGUAAAGAAACAGCGCCCCCUCUUGCCCAGAGAGACUGUGCCUGUGGUGCAGCGGGCUGUUGUGUGGAACCCCACCACUAAAUUUCAGAUGUCCUCUCAAAAAUGGCACAUGCAGAAGGUGCAGCGGCAGCAGCAGGGCCAAACGCAGCCAGCCUCACAGGCGCAGGUGCUCACGCAGGUGCAGAGUAGCCAGCAGCCGCAGCAGCAAGCGCAGGUCUCCUCAUCAUCGUCGGGACAGCAACCUUCAUGCAGCACCAGAUACCAAACACGACAAGCUGUGAAAGCUGUGCAGCAGAAAGACUCGUCACACAGCACCUCCACUUCUGCAGUCACUCUGGUCACCAGCACACCUGUGUCCGCCACCAUGAUGGCAGGAGCUACCGUCAGCUCUUCCUCUUCAUCAUCAACUUCCACAACUGGAGACUUACAGAUACCUACCACAUCUGCAGAUGUAGCGGCUGACAUAGCCAAGUACACAAACAAAAUCAUGGAUGCAAUUAAAGGGACGAUGACUGAGAUAUAUAAUGACCUUUCCAAGAGCGCAUCAGGAAACACAAUAGCUGAGAUUAGACGGUUGCGGAUUGAAAUUGAAAAAUUGCAGUGGCUACAUCAACAGGAGUUAUCAGAGAUGAAGCACAAUUUAGAGCUAACGAUGGCAGAGAUGAGACAGAGUCUAGAGCAGGAGCGAGAGCGAAUCGUGACUGAGGUCAAGAAGCAGAUGGAGGCGGAGAAACAGCAGGCAGUGGAUGAAACCAAAAAGAAGCAGUGGUGUGCAAACUGCAGAAAGGAGGCCAUUUUCUACUGCUGUUGGAAUACCAGCUAUUGUGAUUACCCCUGCCAACAAGCACACUGGCCUGAACACAUGAAAUCCUGCACACAGUCUGCUACAUCAUCACAGCAAGAGCAAGAGACAGAAGGUAGCACAGACCUUGCUCCCAAAGCUCCUGGGCAGCCGAACAAUGGACCCAACUCACCCAGAGAGACUGUAUCUAUUGCACCUACAGACGAAGACUGUGAAGUAGAUAAAACCAAGGACAAUGUCACUGUCACUAUGUCCUAGCUCAGAUGUACAAAACAUACACUAAAACAGCACUUACCUUUGUACAGCUAUACAUCGAUGUUGUCAAAUUCUUCACUACAAAAGACUUUAACUAAAGUUUUUCUUGCCUGAUUGUGAAUUGUUUUUCUGUUAUGACUUUAUGUCUGAAUGUUCUCAAAAUAAGACACAGUGACCACCCAAACAUUUUCUAGGUCUAGUAUUAAGACUUAAAAAUGUUCUCUGAAGGGUUUGAUUCUAAACCGAAAGAAUUUAUUUCUAAUUCUUUCAAAUCUCUUAGGUGCUUAACUUUAUCUGAGCUCAUCUUUUUAGUGCUGACAAAAUAGUAUUUAUAAACAACUUUGUUCAGGGGAAUCUGGCUGUUAGUGUUCAGAACUCCUGGUCUGAAUUCAGAUGUCAUCAUUUUUCAAUAAGUCGCAUCACUCACUUGAAAAAUGAAAAAUAUUUCCAGCUCCAAAUGCAAGUUUUGAAUGUGUUUUUAUUAAGAAGCGUAACAGCUGUUUACAGGGAUGGUUCACCCAAAAAAUUAAAAAUUUCUCAUUUACUCACCCUCAUGCUAUCCCAGUUGUUUAUGACUUCCUUUCUUCAGUAUAACACAUUUGCAUAUUUUAUAAUGUCCUUAUAAUGCAUGAUUUUUUGAAAUUACAAAAAGUACAGACAUUCAGCAUUAACGUCAUCCAUACGACUCCAGUGGUUAAAUUAAUGUCUUAUAAAGCAAUAUGACCACUUUUGUUGCAAAAAAGUUGCAAUAUUUAAGUACUUUUUAACUAUAAUUCAUCGCAUCCGGUAAGCAGCAGUAUGCACGUUCAUGAAAGGGCUGAGGGCUUUCCAGCGAUGGCAUGGCAAUGUUCCACUCGUUGCAGCAGACGUUCACUACCUCUGUUGGCAUCACCUGGCAUUGCCUACAUGUGCACCAUCAUGUCUCCUGAGCUCUCUGGCUUGUUUGUCCAGCCUUCUCAAUCUCCCUGUACUCCAGGUCAGAGUACUCAGGUUCAAAUAAAUAUGGCUGUGCAAAAACUUGUAUAUCCUCUUCUUCUCUUAAAUCAAAAUUUUCUGACAUCUUUGUUUAAAUUUGCUUCCAUUAGUUUACAACUUUCGGUCUGUACAGCGUUUCUCCUACUCAGUUGUAAACAGCGCUGCUCUUCUGGGUGUCGCGCAUGCGUCACUUCUCGUGUGAACAUGCCAAUGUUACACGAGAGACCACGUGACCUCAGCCCUCUCAUGAACGUGCAUUAUUUAUAGUUAAAAAGUACAUCAAUAUUUAAUUAUUUCACACCAAUAGCGAUCAUAUCGCUUUAUAAGACAUUAAAUUAACUACUGGAGUCAUAUGGAUGACGUUAAUGCUGAUUGUCUGUGCUUUUUGGUGCAUCAAAAAUCGUGUUACCAUCCACAUCCAUUAUAAGGACCUACUGAGCUGAGAUAUUAUUAUUUUUCUUCAAAUGUGUUCUGAUGAAGAAAGGAAGUCAUACAGAUCUGGGAAAAUUAAGAGAUCAUUUUCAUUUUUGGGUGAACUAUCCCUUUAAGUAUGAGUAUACAGCUGUUCUGAAUACCUUGGAAUACCUUAUUUAUGCUAAUUUAUAAAAAAGAAUAUCUGGUCAUAUAAAACUUUUGUAGAAGGCUACAUCAUAUCUUGUUCAUACAUUGUACAAGUUUAAACAUUGUUUCACACAAGAAGUUUACUUCAUCACUAUCUUUGUUGUUAAACUGUAUUCAAAGUCAGCCUGAUAAAUGUGAGGCUCCGUUUUUAUGUUUUCCUGUAAUAUCUAUGUAAUGCCUUCAAUUUCUUUUUUACACCUUCAGUCUCAUCUGAAGUUCACCUCCAUGAUCCUGGUAAUGUUCCAAUUCGGAUUGUGUCAUCAGUAUGAUAUUAUGGGUUCUUCUUUUAUUUAAGAUUACAUUAUAAUUGAAAGGUAGACUGGUUGACCAGAGAUGAAUGACAGAAGAUUUUGUCAAGCCUAUAUUAUUGGUGUCAAAAAAUGAUUUGCCUUUGAGAUGAUAUCCUCAGGUAUAGCCAUCUUUGUUUUCCUCUUGGUCUUUCAUACAGACCUGAUUACGUUUUAUGUAAACAUUGUUUAAUUUUUUUGCCAAAUAUCAUUAUUUGUUUUAUUUAAAUCAAAUUAUGUUCAAAGUUUUAAUAUCCUUGUUAAAGGACUUUAACUUUACCCAAAGGCUGGUGGUUUAGAAAGUAUUUGUUUGGCACCGUCUUUGCUAGCUAUAAUUUUGCUUACAAUAUAUUUUCAACGUUUGAAUAACUCAUGCUUGUUUAUUAACCCAUGUAUCUACAGUAUGAACCAUGACAUAAACAUUCCUUUAUCUUAUGCUGUUAACAGUCGGUGUUGGGUUCUCUAAAAAAGUAAUUAAUUAAUUACUAACUACUAAUUACAUCUACAGUGUAAUUAGAUUACUUUACUAAUUACUCUGUCUGAAAAGUAAUUGCAUUACUUAUUAUUAAUUACAUUCUAAACCCCUUAUCAACCUUGACCAGAUGAAAAAUACAAGGAUAGGCAUGAAAUUGUUCUUUUAAUUCUUUCAAAUAAAUCAAAUCAAAUUAUUAAUGAACUGUCCAAAGAAUUUAAGGGGGCUGCAUUCAAUUAGAAAACAUACAUUUCAUCAUUAGACAUUACAUUUUAAUUUUAAUUCACUAUUGUUUUAUAUGGAAUUGUUCUAUAGUCUAUAACGUAUUUAACACAAUUACAUCAGAAGUAACUGUAAUUAAAUACAGUAAUUAAUUACUUUGAAAUGCAUUACACCCAACACUGUUAACAGUGCAUAAAUAUGUUAUUCCAAACCAUAUACAGAAAUGGAGUGGUCAAGAGCAGCUUUCAAUCUAAAGAACAGAUAGAUGUUUACAUAUUGUAUAUAAAUAAAGAUCUGGUGGUCUAAAUUAUAAUUUAAUAGUUUUUGUAUAGUGCAAGUGAAUUAAAGAGAACACCUGAUGAAAAUGUUUCAUAUUGGAGUCAUAAUUUGAUAAGUGAUGCACUCAAAAUUGCAAAAUAAAAAUAAAAUAA